AUGGGUACAGACUACAAUGAGUAUCGGAGAGAAAUGGUUACUUUGCACCUUCCGUUUCGUCAUGAAGAAUCGGAAAUUCUUGCAGAAUCGCGAUAUCUUCAGUUAUACGAAGAAAAUGAGGCACUUAUUCUAGAUCGAAGAAAAGAGUUCGAAUCAAAUCUUGACAUCGAAAAAACAUUGGAAAUCUGCAGGGAGUUAUGUCGUGAAUAUGUUUCCGAUGAUGGAGAGGAGAUAAACGACGUCGUUAGUAGAAUUCCUAAUGAAAACCCAUUUGCUGAAUUAUAUCACAAUCCAAACGCAGAUUUAAAUGAUGAUUUACGCCUUGCGUUGUUUGAUAAGCUAGGAUCAAUUGCUAAAAAGAAAGAUAAUAUCUUACCUUAUCCAGAAUUUUAUGGGCUUAUGCGCAAAGCGAACGAGGAACAGCGAGAAAUUUUGUUUCACACUAUACAUCAUUCAAUAUCAAACAACGAGCCAAUGCAAAAACCAUUGUUGAUAUAUUUGACUGGUCCAGCUGGUAGUGGCAAAACAUUUGUAAUAAAAGCACUCAUGGAGAUUUAUAAUAGAUUUUCCGACACGGAUGGAAUUUUCAACGCAUACAUUGCUUGUGCUUCAACUGGAAAAGCUGCUACAGCCAUAGGUGGAACAACGGUGCAUAAUGCUUUAAGUAUAUCACUCUCAAGGCUAUUGCCACUCAACAUCGAAAAAGCUCAUCAAUACAGAGCGCUAUUUGAGUUAAUUAAGGUUAUUAUCAUUGACGAAGUAAGCAUGGUUUCAUCAGAAUUAUUAGAACAAAUUAAUGAACGUUUGAAGCAUAUCACUGGCUUGUUUACAAAAGCUUUUGGUGGAUUGGACGAGAUCCUUUUCGGAGAUUAG